GCCGCUCUCCGCCUCUCCUCCUCCCCCCUCCCCGCCUCCCGCUCGCCCGGGCUGCAGGCGAGGCCCCGCCGCAGAGGGAGGAGGAGACGCCGGGAGCGCGCUGAGCCGCUGCCGCCCCGCCGGGCCCCGAGAGGGAAAGGCGCUCUCCGGCAGCCAUGGAGCUGGCGGACGGCGUGGUGUACCAGGAGGACCCCGGCGGCCCCGGCCCCGCCAUGAUGUCGGAGCGGGUGUCGGGGCUGGCGGGCUCCAUCUACCGCGAGUUCGAGCGGCUCAUCGGGCGCUACGACGAGGAGGUGGUGGCCGAGCUGAUGCCGCUGGUGGUGGCCGUCCUGGAGAACCUGGACUCGGUGUGCGCCCACAGCCAGGAGACCAGCGUGGAGCUGGAGCUGCUGCGGGACGACAACGAGCAGCUCCUCACGCAGUACGAGCGGGAGAAGGCGCUGCGCAAGCAGGCCGAGGAGAAAUUCAUCGAGUUUGAAGAUUCUCAAGAACAAGAGAAAAAGGACUUGCAGACCAGAGUGGAAGCAUUAGAAUCACAAACUCGACAGCUUGAACUAAAAGCAAAAAACUAUGCUGAUCAAAUUAGCAGACUUGAGGAGAGGGAGGCAGAACUCAAGAAGGAAUACAAUGCACUUCAUUCAAGACAUACAGAGAUGAUUCACAAUUAUAUGGAGCACUUGGAAAGAACCAAACUUCAUCAGCUAACAGGGGGUGAUCAGCUAGAAUCCACAACACACAGUAGAAUUAGAAAGGAGCGUCCGAUAUCACUGGGCAUCUUCCCAUUACCUCCAGGAGAUGCGCUACUUACACCUGAAACUCAAAGAGAAGCAGGGGAAACGCCUGGGUCAGAGCACUGGAAAUUCCAUGAGCUAAGCCAGCCACGGUCCCACACAAGCCUAAAGGAUGAGCUCUCUGACGUUAGCCAAGCAGGCUCAAAAUCUACGACUCCAGCAUCCACAGCUGCUUCAGAUGUACCCGUACUGCCUGCUGAAACUCCUCAAAAGGAAGAUGUUGAAGGGCUUGCAAAGGGCGCAGAUAUGCCGAAUGAGAAGCUGGACGUAAGCAAGAAUAUUGAAGUACAGGUAGCUCAAGAGACAAGAAAUGUGUCCACUGGUGGAAAUGAAAAUGAAGAAAAAUCCGAAGUUCAGGCAAUCAUUGAGUCAACUCCAGAGUUGGAUAUGGAUAAAGAUCUCAGCGGAUAUAAGGGUUCCAGCACUCCUACCAAAGGCAUAGAGAACAAAGCAUUUGACCGAAAUACAGAGUCACUCUUUGAAGAGCUGUCAUCUGCUGGUUCUGGCCUAAUUGGCGAUGUGGAUGAAGGCGCAGAUUUACUGGGGGAAUAUUCUGACCAUAAUUUCUUUGGAAUGGGUCGUGAGGUUGAAAACCUUAUUUUGGAAAACACUCAGCUGUUGGAGACAAAAAAUGCACUGAAUGUAGUGAAGAAUGAUCUGAUAGCAAAGGUGGAUGAAUUAACCUGCGAGAAGGAUGUACUGCAAGGUGAAUUAGAGGCUGUAAAACAAGCAAAACAAAAGCUUGAAGAGAAGAAUAAGGAACUGGAAGAAGAGCUGAGAAAAGCUCGUGCAGAAGCAGAGGAAGCAAGACAGAAAGCUAAAGAGGAUGAUGAUAGUGAUGUCCCCACCGCUCAGCGGAAGCGUUUUACUCGUGUUGAAAUGGCCCGUGUUCUGAUGGAAAGAAAUCAGUAUAAAGAGAGGUUGAUGGAGCUUCAGGAGGCUGUCCGAUGGACUGAGAUGAUAAGAGCAUCAAGAGAAAAUCCAGCCAUGCAAGAAAAGAAGAGAUCAAGCAUUUGGCAGUUCUUGCCAGCUCGUUUUAGCAGGCUCUUCAGUUCAUCUAGCAAUACAGCUAAGAAACCAGAACCUCCUGUCAAUGUUAAAUAUAAUGCUCCAACCUCGCAUAUUACUCCAUCAGUCAAGAAAAGAAGCAGUACCUUAUCUCAAUUACCGAGUGACAAAUCUAAAGCCUUUGAAUUCCUCAGUGAAGAAACUGAAGCCAGUUUAGCCUCACGCAGAGAGCAGAAAAGAGAGCAGUAUCGCCAAGUGAAAGCACAUGUUCAGAAAGAGGAUGGUAGAGUGCAAGCAUUUGGCUGGAGUCUACCUCAGAAGUACAAACAGGUGGCAAAUGGUGGCCAGGGUGACAAUAAGAUGAAGAACUUGCCUGUACCUGUUUACCUGAGACCUUUAGAUGAGAAGGAUACCUCUAUGAAGCUGUGGUGUGCUGUAGGGGUAAACCUAUCAGGAGGGAAAACACGAGAUGGUGGGUCUGUGGUUGGUGCUAGUGUAUUCUACAAUGAUGUGACUGGUAUGGACGCAGAUGGCAACAAGCAGCAAACAGGAUCUCAAAGUAGCUUAGACAGACUAGACCAAGAGCUCAAGGACCAGCAGAAGGAGCUGAAACAUCAGGAAGAAUUAUCCAGUCUAGUUUGGAUCUGUACUAGCACACACUCUGCUACAAAAGUUAUCAUUAUUGAUGCUAAUCAACCAGGAAAUAUUCUGGACAGUUUCAUUGUUUGCAAUUCUCAUGUGCUUUGUAUUGCUAGUGUACCAGGGGCAAGGGAAACAGACUAUCCUGCAGGAGAAGAAGGGUCUCAAGAAGCAGAUCCCAGUCAAGUGGACAAGUCUUCUCUGUGUGGAAGUAUGACUAGCAACAGCUCUGCAGAAACCGAUAGCUUGCUAGGAGGAAUAACGGUGGUUGGCUGUACUGCAGAGGGUAUCACAGGAGCACCUGUAGCUCAUGAUGCAAACGGUGGCUCACCAAUGACAGAUAAACAGUCAGAUGCUGCAACUGAAAGUAAUUCAGUAGAUGAGAACAUUCCAACAGCCGAGGAGGCGACAGAAGCAACGGAAGUCAAUGCAGGGACAGGAGAAGACACAGCUGAUAUUGCACAAACUGGAGUCUACACAGAGCAUGUCUUUACAGAUCCUCUGGGAGUGCAGAAUACAACAGAGGCUUCUCCAGUGUACCAGCCUAGUACUGAGUCAGAGUUAUAUAAAGAUGUUGCAGUUUUGCCAAAUGAGCAAGAUCUAGUGAGAGAAGAAGCACAGAAAAUGAGUAGCCUUUUACCGACAAUGUGGCUUGGAGCACAGAAUGGAUGCCUGUAUGUUCAUUCGUCAGUGGCCCAGUGGAGGAAAUGUGUUCAUGCCAUUAAACUUAAAGAUUCUAUUCUCAGUAUUGUACAUGUAAAAGGAAUAGUAUUAGUUGCACUAGCUGAUGGAACACUAGCAAUAUUUCAUCGAGGAGUUGAUGGUCAAUGGGAUUUGACGAACUAUCACCUCUUAGAUCUGGGCCGGCCACAUCAUUCGAUAAGAUGCAUGACAGUGGUACAUGACAAAGUCUGGUGUGGCUACAGGAACAAAAUCUAUGUUGUUCAACCAAAGGCCAUGAAAAUAGAGAAGUCAUUUGAUGCGCACCCAAGAAGAGAAAGCCAAGUGAGGCAGCUGGCAUGGGUGGGUGAUGGGGUGUGGGUGUCUAUUCGUCUGGACUCCACCCUGCGUCUCUAUCAUGCGCACACGUAUCAGCAUCUACAAGAUGUGGACAUUGAACCUUAUGUAAGCAAAAUGCUAGGUACUGGUAAACUGGGAUUCUCAUUUGUGAGAAUCACAGCUCUUAUGGUGUCUUGUAAUCGUUUAUGGGUAGGAACAGGAAAUGGUGUCAUCAUCUCCAUUCCAUUAACAGAAACUGUAAUCCUCCACCAGGGACGUUUACUGGGGCUGAGGGCUAAUAAAGCCGCAGCAGGCUCCGGAAACCGUCCGGGGAGCGUAAUACGUGUAUACGGCGAUGAAAACAGUGACAAAGUGACUCCGGGAACUUUCAUACCAUAUUGUUCAAUGGCACACGCGCAGCUUUGCUUCCACGGGCACCGUGAUGCUGUUAAAUUCUUUGUCGCAGUACCUGGUCAGGUUGUUUGCCCACAGAGUAGUGGUGGAACAGAGCUAACAGCUGAUAAACCAGCCCAAGAGUCCUUCAACCAGAGUCCCUUAAAAUCGAUGUUGGUGAUAAGUGGUGGAGAAGGAUAUAUUGACUUCAGAAUGGGUGACGAAGGUGGAGAAUCUGAACUCCUUGGAGAAGCUCUACAACUUGAACCUUCUGUAGCCAAAGCUGAGAGGAGUCACUUGAUAGUGUGGCAAGUAAUGUGUGGCAGUGAGUGAGCCUAUAGGAUGCAGCUGGAGACCUUAAAGAAAAAGAAAAAAAAAAAGAAAAAAAGAAAAAAAAAAGCUUCUGCAUGUUUUUUUAUUUUGUGAAACCUGUUUCACUACAUGAUGUUGAAGCAUUUCUUUGCUGUUUAACUUUAUCUUGCAAAUCUGUCAUACCUUUAACUAUACAGGAAUUAGCUUGUGCUGGUUUACUGCACCCGUGUUACAUGGAACAGUAUAAUGAAAUCAGAUCUUUCUCAAAAUUGGUGUGCACACCAUAGUAAGCAACUGAGACAUUAGUUUUACUGUACCACAGCAAUCUAAUGUAGUUCACUUCUUUGGUAGUCUCACUUGAGUUCAGCUUUAUUACAACUGAGCUUCAUUUCACUGUAUAAUGCAUUGAGUAAAACAGCAAAGUUAUUCCCAGAGUAUUAAAAAAUUGACAAAUUAUAAGAUGGAUUAUUAAGACUCAUCCAAAUAUUCAGUGAGGGCUAAAGCAAACUGUAAAUUUCAGCUUCUGUUUUCAAACCGGGAAAGUCUUGCUUAUAUAGUGUAUACGGUUUAAUUUGUUACAUUCAUCAGAAUAUCUGGGGGGAAGAGGGGAUUGUAUAGGAAUUAAGAUGACAAUAUUUAAAUAAAAUCACAUGUUUUCACUAUUGAACCUUAAAGUUUGAGAACUGCUGCCCUCAAUAAUGAGCAAUUUUGAGCAUAGUGUUUUUCCAUUUCCCUGACACGGAACAACUCGGUUUCCAAAGGGUAUUCUUAGGAUGAUUUAAAUUUGAAAAUAACUGUAAAAUUCUUGAACAGGGGAUAUGUUUUUGUUCUUUUCUUGUCUUAACUCCUUAUGUCCUAAGCACUAGAAUGAUCUUCUCUGCCUAGCUGGUCAAACUCAUGAGGCACUACAUGUGUGAAGGUUAGAGACCUCGAUUAGAGCAUGAGAAAAGACUGAGAGUGUACAGGAAAAAUGCAUUCUGCCCAAGUGAGAUUGUAAAGGAACUUUAGUGCCAGAUUAUUAGGUACAAAAUGUAUUUUUUUGUAGUUGCAUACCCCAGUUUAGUAAAAAAAAAAAAAAAAAAAAAAUUUAGCAACAAUGUUAGCAGGUAACACUAAGAUUGAGUAAAUUGAUGAAAGUCAGAAGACUCUAAUAUUAGGCUGACAUUCUGUCUACUCACCAUCUAUUUUUUUAACCAUAAGUGUGAGUUGAAGACUGUCUUGCUUUUACCUUGAAUUUCCUCCAUUAGUAUCAGACCUAAGUUAAAUACUUCAUGAUUUCUGUACUUCAGAAUACUUUAAAACCCAGAUUUGCUUUUUCAUUUAGUCUCUGGAAAGUAAAAGUUUUGAGGGGUUUUAAUAAACGUCCAGCAUUUACCCCCAAAAGGCUGGGACUGUUCUGUUCAGAUUAGCAGAGAAAUUUAGUAACUUGGUUAUGUGAGAGAACUGAACAGUUUCAGAAGAGUAAAUAUAGAAACACUUUUUUAAAACUGCCUAAACAUUUUUAUGCAAUAGGAGCAGUUCUGGUCUAUCAGGCAAACAUGUGUUUAUAUAUUUUUCUUAAUUUUUUAAAUGAACACAUUUAGCUGAGGUCUAUUGUGUAAAUAUAUAUUUAGGCAGCUUUUUCAAAUGCAUAUCAUAGCUGAUAAACCAGAAGAACUCCAUUCAGGUCUAUUGGUUAGAUUUAUAUGUAUAAAUACUUUUUAAGCGACAUAUUUUGUACACAGCUGUUCCUCUCGUAAAUAUGUAUCUAGGACAUGAACUAUGUAGUAAAAAUCCUUAUUAAAGAUGUCUAAUAUCUUGGUAGUAUUUUUCUCUUCAGAAUGCCAAAAGUGAUGAGAGCAUGUUGUUCAUAAUUUGCUUUCCAAAUUCAUCUUUAACAUCACUCCUGAAGUACUUUGGCUUAAAUAUAAAGUCUGGGAGCUUUUUAAAAAUUAUACAAAUACAGAAAGUAAACUGAGUAAACACUCUUAGAAAGACCUAUUUAAAACUUACAUAGACAUGUAUGCUGAACCUGAAGCACAUCUGAAUUAACUUACAAAAUUGGAUGUCCAAGAAAAAUGCUGUCUAAACUUUUACUGUUGUGCAGAAUCUUCACUGUGAGCGGUGCAGUUUCAUUGCUUCUCCUGCCAUUUUCUUAAAUUUUUUUUUUUUUUUCCCUCUUUGGAAAACAGUCUCCAAAGCUUUUACUCACUGGUUGAUUGUCACAUUCUCAUGUUCUCAGAAAAAAAAAGCGCACAAUUCUGUUCCUUGGUUCUUGUGUAGCAUUUUAUUUGUAAUUAGCGAUGAGCUGUUUUCUCUGAACGGCUUUACUGCUAUCAACUAGAGCAGUUCAAUCUGGCAAGUGUGUACCUGGUCUUUUGCCAAAUGUAUCUGGUCCACCGUGCCAUUUUAGUCACCUCAGUGGGCCAACUCUUGCAAAUUUUUCAGAGAAUGAUUGUUUCUGUCUAAAAGUGGAAGGGUUUUAAAGAAAACAGUAGGUUAACUAUGUACCGCUGUGGGUGUAGAUAAAAGGCAUGUGCACUUCUCUGUAUUUCUCAUUUAAAAACUUUAUCCCCUGUCCUAAGGUACAGUAGAUUAGAUGGGUCCCUGUUGUCAUCACAGUGCCCUGGGAUUUCUAAACUCUAUUUAAGGUCGCUUUGAAUGGUGAAUAAAGCACGUAAAAACUCAGGCACUGAGAUGACAAUACACUCCUACAAAUCCGUCUCAAGAAUGUGUUUAUGCAUACACUCAUGUGAUUAAAGCAUCAUAUAAAUAGGAGCUAAUCUCUUGAUAGCUACAGCUUGUUAAUAGUUUGGAAACAUUUCGAGCACAAAAUAUGCAGCACAUUACUUGCCUGGGUAAGGGUGUUUGCAUGGUAAAGGUGAAAUGCGUUGUAUAAGCUGCUGCAUUGUCCAUUUCUUGUAAAGGUCUUCCUGCGUUGGAUCAGAUAGAGCUGGCAGAGCGUAGACACUUUAUCAUAGGCUGCCUUAGUAACAAACAAAUGUUAAAUCUGUUUUAUUAUACUAACUGUUCUAAAGAACGUGUGUCUUUUAAAAUGCUGUGUAACUGAAUAUUUAUUUCCAUGUGAGUAUUAUAAAAGUUACCAAAGGAUUAAACCUGACUUAGCACUCUUGUAAGCGGCCCUGUUGAGACAGGGUCUUGUGAAGGCCCUGCUCUGUAAAAGAGACACGGUAAACUCAAAUACAGUUCUUUAGGGAAAUUAAAUGUUUUUUCUAACAGGGUUAUGCCAUAUUGUAACAACCUAUGUUGCACCUCAAAGCAUUUUUCUAUACACUAAAUGUUUCUCCCGCCCUCUAACAAGAUUAAGUUUCCUUUAUUAAUUUUGUUGAUGCACAUUUCUCAAUCUUUUAAGCAUAUAUUUUAAACAUUUUAUGGUCUGUAAUUUUUGGAAGUUUUGUCUGUUGGACACUUUACGCUGAAUUUUACUUGCCUCUGUAAUCCGAGAUGGAUACUACAGCGUUAAACUUGCUGUCUGUUAAAACUUGAGGCUUCUUUUCUGUGAGCAGAAAAGCUCAUAUAGCAGUGUAGUUAUUUCAGUAUUUAUUUCUAUUAUUGAAUCCAUGGGGUUCAGAAUGUAACUUUGUACAUGAAAUAUAUAUAAAUAUGUAUAUGAAACAUG